AUGCCGCCCACCGAAGUCCUCGCCGCGCCGCCGCGCUCCCAGCCCCUCUUCAAACAGGGCACCGGGCCCAACGAAGCCCUCGUGCUCUUCGUCCUUGGCGGCCCUGGUGCGGGUAAAGGCACGCAGUGCGCCAACCUCGUUCGCGACUAUGCCUUCACUCACUUGUCCGCGGGCGACCUCCUGCGCUCAGAGCAAGAACGCCCAGGUAGCGAAUUCGGCGAGAUGAUUAAGACGUAUAUCAAAGAAGGCCAGAUCGUGCCGAUGGAGGUCACGAUCCAGCUGUUGGAAAAUGCGAUGAAGGAGACGAUUGAAAAGGACGAUAAGCAGAGGAAGUUUCUGAUUGAUGGAUUCCCACGCAAGAUGGACCAAGCGGUGGCCUUUGAGGAGAAAGUCGUGCCGAGCAAGUUUACCUUGUUCUUCGACUGUCCGGAGGAGACGAUGCGGGAGAGGUUGUUGAACCGGGGCAAGACGAGUGGACGGGCGGAUGAUAAUGAGGAGAGUAUCAAGAAGAGGUUCAGGACUUUCGUGGAGACGAGUAUGCCUGUUGUGGAGCAUUUCGAGAAGGAGGGGAGGGUUGUGAAGGUUGAUGCGAGGCCAGAGCCGGAGGCGGUGUAUGAGGAUGUCAAGAGGCAAUUUGCGGGACGGGGAAUCCAUCCUGUUACAGAGGCUGAGGGCGAGAAGAAGGGUGGCGUGAAGGGUGUGGUUGAGAAGGUCAAGGAGAAGGUCACUGGCCACUCAUAA